AUGCCUAUUAAGCUGCCCAAGACGUUUGGUGGUCGCCGGAAGUCGUCCGGGAACAUUCUGGAAGAGGUGGAUGCACAACAACAGCCCUCCUUCCGUGUCUUCGAGCGACCAGGUCCGCAUAGAUCAAUGACAGAUGGGGCGCCUUUAAGCAAGCGCAUGAGUGAGGGAAAUGCCGUACCCGCAACCGUGGAGGAUUCCGACAACAUUUUCGCCGGAACCGAGCAACCCCUGAGGAAGCGGUAUGGCCCCUGCCGACCCAAGGAAUCUCUUAGGAAGCGACUAAUCCGUCGCAAUUAUAGUGGUCCAACUUACGAGAGCUCAACUUCGACCCGACUCAGUUCCUCGUCGACUUUACCAUCCUCCACCGAGGUACCACCACCCGAUGAGGCCUCAUCCCCGCACUCAAGAAUGAACGAUAUCCCCGCUCCGCCUCCACUUGCAGCAGGCUUACGCGCUGCUGCAGGCAGGACAUUUUCAUUCGGUGGCCGAUUCGGCAAAUCAAAUUCACCUGCGGCUAUGCCCAGAACCGCUACACCCGAUGCAUCGACGAGACGGGCCCAAACUGCCAGUACGGAUAGCACAGCUACACCGCCGAAGCUGGCGGAUGGGCAUUUCAACCUCGGGCCGGAUCUUGGAGCUGAAAGCACUGAUGACUUUGGGAAGAUGUUUGACCAUCUAGGCAAACGGGACAGCGCCAUGUUGCGGGACCCAUCUCCUCGGCGAUCUAAGCAGUACUCCUCGUCCCCACCCACACAGGCUCUGCCUGAGUUCCAGGCCGGUGGUAGUGGAAGGGUACCACGACCUGCUCCUUUGAAAAUCGAUCAAUCUUCGGCCGUUGAACCGUCACCGUACUCAUGGGACAGCCAACGCUCCCGUCAUUCCGACGAUAAUUUGCUCAAUGAUCCCGAUGUCGCGCGAAUGGGCGACUUAGUAAUUGACAAUUCUUCGUCCGCCAACAACGCGGACGCAGGAUUCCGCAGGGCAUCACCAGGUUCAUCCCAGGCGCUGGGUGCUACAACUAAUCAUCGAUCACUCGAACGACCACGGUCGGAUUACAAUAGUCUUCGCCGGAGUGGAAUCUACUCGGGCGGACCAGUCGGUAGUCCGAUUGAUGAUGAGGAUGCAAAAAUGGUCAGGCAAUCCCUGCUGUGGAGCAAAGAGAACUCUCCGCCAGUGACCGACAACACACCCCUCUUCUAUCAAGGUAAAACUGUCAGUCCUCAUGAUGUGAAACCGGAGCCUGAAUCGAUGUUCGCGGAACGAAAUGAGCCUGAUCCGACCAUUGCUGCCCACGCGCGACUCGCGGUUCAAUACGCCGAGAACAUGCCCAAGACGAAUUCCCCGGGCAACAAGGUUAUGACACCCUCUCAAUUUGAGCAUUACCGCCAGCAACAGGAACUGCGGCGAGCCAACAGCAGUGCUUCCAAGAGUGAAGACGAAGAAGAAGAGGAAGGAAACGGAUUCGAUGAAGAAGACGAGAUUGAGAAGCAGCGCGAGGCGGAACGACAGCGGCGCAAGCAGGAGGCUCACAUGUCGGUCUAUCGCCAGCAGAUGAUGAAAGUGACUGGACAACAAGCAGGAUCGCCAUUCCUUCGUCCCGUUAUGAGUGGAGGGAGCAGCAGCGUUUCCAAUUUCAACCGACUGUCUGGUUCUAUCGGCAACACCUCCAGUGGUAAGAGCAACGAGGAGGAUGACGAGGACGUCCCCUUGGGUAUCCUUGCUGCUCACGGGUUCCCGAAUCGCAAUCGUCCACCCUCUCGCUUGAUCAAUGCCAGCUCCAACCCGAACCUUCGUGCGUCAAUGCAACCCCCGUAUGCGUCGUCUUCGAGCUCAGUGGUUGGUGCCGAACAAGGGGCCCGGGGUGGAUUGCCUGUUUUCGCCCGAGCUCUUCCUCGGGAUCCUUAUUAUGGAGCUGGCCUGGUCGCUGGGCCUGAUCGCGAGUCUCUCGCUAUGGGUGGAGGAUCGGGCUCGGUGUAUGGGGGGGCCUCCUCACCAGGACCUCAUCCGGGAGGCCUGGUUAAUGUGAUUGCCAACGAGGAGCGGGCUCGUGCAAUGCGACGGGGCAGUCCGAAUACCCAGGCGAUGUACAACAUGGGCGAAGUGCCUCGACCGUUCUCAAUGAUGGGGCCGCAACCAAUGAAUCCUAACGAGCAGGCUCAGCUGCAGCUGUCUCGCCAAAUGGCAGACAUGAUGCAAAUGCAGAUGCAAUGGAUGCAGAUGCAAAUGCAAAUGCAGGGUGUGCCUGGUACCCCGCCUCCGAUGACGAAAAACGGCAUGCUUGCCCCUCCUAGCAUGGGUGGUAUGCCGAUGGCUGGACCUCCGAUGGGCCCUCCCUCCAUGGCUGGCUUCCCAAUGGCAGGCCCACCGUCGACGGCAGGCACUCCUUCAGUCAUGGGAGCUAGGCCAGUCUCCAUGCCGGGUCCGGCCCCUAGUGCCAAUCCCCAUUUCGACCAUCGCGCUCUCAGCAUGCUGGACCCAAACGUUGCCGUGCGUCGCACUGGCUCGCCAUUGCCCAAUCUAUCUGGGCCACCAUUCCAACCUCCAAACCCGGGCUACGCCUCAUCAAUCGCUCCUUCAGAACGUAGUAACGCUGGCCUCGCCUCUCGUUACCGGCCUGUAUCAGUCAUGCCGGGGAGAACGCAGGGCUGGGCAGAUGAAAAUCAGCGUCCCGGACUGCAUAAUUCUCAAUCGCAGCCCCAUCUACCAAAGUCAUCGUCCCUUGCUACCGUGAUUGUCCGCCCGGUUUCACCGGGUCGCUCAGCGGCUGGCCGCAAGGCCCAAAACACCUCCGACGAUGACGAUGACGACGAAGCGUGGGCCGACAUGAUGAAGAAGCGCGACAAAAAGAAGAACAGCUGGAAGCUGAAGCGAGGAACCAACCCCCUCGGAGACUUGCUGAGUGUCGUGCACUAA